CGGCCAUAUACCAGCUAAGUCUAAACGCCUCCCCAGUUCUCUCUUGCACACACGCCAUAGUAGUGUAGAGCGCAAGAAUGUAUGUAAUUGUGUGGGGGUGAUUUAAAUAAGCCCAUUCAGCACCUUUUAUCGUCUCAACGCCUGCCUUAAGAAGACUGCGAGGAAUAGACAGACGCAUCUUUAAGCCGCGCCAGCAGCUUUACGCCGCAUUUCCUUUCCAGUUCCAAAAGCCUUUCUACAAAAACGGAAUAUCUGCUGCUUUUUAAAGGGGAAAGUAAAAGAGUAAUCUAAACUUUUUGCAAGGAUAUUUUUGCUGCGUUCUUCUGGCAGGCCAACGACGCGACGACGUAACAAGCUGUGGUAGCUUUUUUUUUGUUUUCUUUUUUCCCCCCAAAAUUAUUAUUUGCCAUUCAACACUUUUUUUCCGACUACCGAAAAGGAAUUAGUAUGGUACAUUUUGUAGUGUUUGACUAAAGUAAAACAGGUGGAAGGAGACUACUUCUUUUGUCAGUGGCGUUACGGUUUGUCUCUGUGGUAUCCAUCUCACCAUGGGCCGCCUACUAAGCGGAACCACCGAAAAGGCCCUUCACUUACUACAAACGUCAGCGCUUCACAGAUGACACUAGUUGCCUGUACUAGUGGAUGACUCUUUAAUUGCCCUCACACAAAGAAGCCAUGCAGCCCCUGUUCUGUAUCAGCGCGUUUCUGUUCCUCCCUCUGGCCUUGAUGCUGGAUGAUGACUCACCACUGGACCUCGUCCCCCGCAGAUAUGUGCCCUAUCACAACGGCAAUAUUCGUCUCUUUCGCGAAGAAGGGGUGUCCAACUAUAGCGUCAUGCUGUUGCGAGAGGACAUGAAGCUGCUGCUGCUGGGUGCCAGGGAGGCGCUUUUUGCCCUUGACCUCGAGGACAUUUCCAAGAAACAAGCCUUUGUGAAAUGGGAGGUGACGCAAGAGCAAAUGGAUGACUGUCACAACAAAGGAAGAGAUCUUGAAACAGAGUGCAAGAACUAUAUCAAGAUUCUGCACAAGAUGGAGGAUAACAGGAUGUACGUGUGCGGAACCAAUGCGUUUGAUCCCGAGUGUGACUACAUGUCUUAUGCAAAUGGAGAACUCACACUGGAGAAGAAGGCCGAAGAUGGUAAAGGGAAAUGUCCUUUUAAUCCUUUCCAAAAACAUGCCUCCAUCAUGGUUGACAAUAACUUGUACUCGGCCACGUCAAUGAACUUCCUGGGCUCGGAGUUGGUCUUAAUGCGCAGCUCUCCUCCCAUUCGAACUGAGAUAAAAACCUCCUGGCUCAAUGAGCCCAACUUUGUCUCUCUAGCUCAAAUGCCAGAAAGCGAUCAGGACAAUGAUGACAAGGUCUACUUGUUUUUCAGCGAAACGGCAGUUGAGUACGACUGCUACAAGAAACCGGUAGUGGUUUCUCGUGUAGCUCGUGUCUGCAAGGCAGACGUAGGAGGACGGAGGACCUUGCAGAGAAAGUGGACAUCCUUCCUGAAAGCCAGGCUGGAAUGUCCUGUCCUGGGCUCGCAGCUGCCCAACAUCAUCCAAAAUACAUACCGCUGGUGUGAUCCGCAGCAGCACUGGAAUAACUGUUUAUUCUACGCCAUCUUCACCCCACAGUCCGACACGUCUGACCUGUCUGCAGUGUGUGCGUACAACAUAUCUGACAUCAACCGAGUGUUUGCGGAGGGGCAGUUCAAGACGCUGGUCCCUGUCGAAUCCUCCUUCAUUUGGGCGCCAUACAGCGGGGAGGUCCCUGACCCUCGACCUGGAUCUUGUCAAACUGGGUCUCUGGACCUCCCGGACCAAACCCUUCACUUCAUCAAAGAUAGGCCUCUGAUGGAUGACAUUAUUCAGCCAAAAGGCGAGAAACCUCUACUAGAGAGAAGAGGAGCCGCCUUUACGAGCAUUGUGGUCAACCAAGUGCAAGCAACGGAUGGCCACGAUUACCAUGUGAUGUUCAUAGGCACAGAGGACGGCGCCCUUGUCAAAGCAGUAAACUACGACGGCGAGAUGUUCAUCAUUGAACAAGUUCAGCUUUUCCAAUCCCGCGAGGCAGUUAAGAUCCUGCGCUUUUCCGACGUCACGAAGCGACUAUACGCGGGCUCCGACUCGGGAGUGGCGCAGGUGCCUCUCGCCGCCUGUGAGAGAUCUUCGUCUUGUUUGGAUUGUAUUCUGGCAAGAGAUCCCUACUGCGGAUGGGAUACAGAUGCUGGGAGUUGCGUCGCCCUUUCCAGUACACAGAGGCAGCUAAUCCAGAGUGUAAGAGAAGGGAACGCCUCUCUCUGUCCAACAGCUGAUCCCGUCCAUGUUGUUAACCAUUUUUUCUCGCCUGGUGGGAGCGUGAAACUUUUCUGCCCUUCAUCGUCAAACUUGGCAACAACCAAGUGGGAGCAAGACGGUCACCUUGUGGUUUCUUCAAGCCGCCAUCAGAUCCUACAAGACGGACUCAUCAUUCUCAACGCCUCGGACUCCGACGCCGGCCGCUACCACUGCCUGUCGGUGGAGCGCUCCAAAAUUGACGCGUACGCCGCCACUGUGGCGGAGUAUCAGCUCAGCUUGAAAGGGGAACCGAGAGCGCCUCAAGCUCGGACGAAAGGUUCCUCUGUGGUCGGACUGCAGGUUGUCGUCGGGCUUCUGGUUGUUUCUCUGGUGGCCCUUUUGGCCUGGAAUUUUUACAAAGGCCAUCUACCUCUUCCCUGGAACUGCAGCAAAAAGAAUAGGGGAAAAUCCUACGAGUCAAAUGGGCAGGAGGAUGGAGGCCCACUGUGAGAUUAGAUUUUGUAAGAUGCCUGUAUGUAUGCUGUCUUUGUGUGUGUUGGCUUGUAUUUCUUAAUGUUUAGUCUUGAGGCUUGAACCACCAUGUUUUCAUUUAAAAUUGAUCCUUGAAAACCUCAAACAGAACCCAGGGUUCUGACUUGGCUGGUUGGGUUGAGAUGGAGGGACAGAGGACGGCUGGAGCAAGGAAAUGGGGAAGAGGGGUUGAGAAACCGUGGGAGGGAAAUAAGAACAAUGGUGACAACAGGCGUAUAAACAACAGUAAUGGUCCCAUUGUGAUAACAUGUUGUUAUAAUGGGACUAUUAGUGUUGUUUAUAAAUUGCAUCCCAAGUUCUCUUUAGUAAAUUGGCGCCUGGCCAUGUACUGCUAAACUUGAAGGAUAGAACCUGCAUGCUCAAAUGUUGAUUUAUGCUUAUGCUGGGGAUUAUUGCGCAAUUGAAAAUGGAUGGCUGCAUGGAUAUCAAGCUAGUUAAGGAUUUUGCUUGUGUCUGCCAACAUUGGCUCCUCCUGCUGCCACUGUUAAGAGAAUCAGCUCAGCCCGAAAGGCAAUCCUGAAUUACCUCAAGGGGAAAGGGAAACGGAAGGCCUCUCGGCGGUCAGACUGCAGGUUGUCAUCUGGCCCCUGUGGUUGUUUCCUUUUUGCCUGGAUUUUUUUUUACAACGGCCAUCUUUUCUGUGGAACUUUAGCAACAUCAGGAUAAAAGGAAAAUCCUUCGAGGAAAUUUUGGCUUUGAUAAAGACUGUAACCGCUGGGACCUGGACACUCAGAACCCCACCCAGACUUUAACAUUUGCAUCAUUUUAUUUUUUGUUAGCCAGAUUUUUUAACUUCUAACAGAUGUGCUAGUUAAUUGUUUUGUCUGUAGGCUUUGUAAAAAAAAAUGACUUAAGAAUAAAUAAAUAAAUGUGUCAGAGGCACUAGAAUAACCACUUUAA